AUGGCUGGAGGAACCAGCAUCUGGGCUAGCCAGGAAGCCAGAACCGAUCCCAGGCAAAUCUUCAAUGGAAGGUUAGCCUAUCUUCUGAUCACUCUUGCCUGGGCUGGUUGGUUUUAUGGCUUCGAUACGGGGAAUAUCGGAGGCAUUCUCACAUUACCAUCGUUUGAACAUGCAUUUGGGCUCGACAAGCUGACUACCGCAGAGCUUGAUAGCCGCAAGGGGACCAUUGCAGCAAUGCUCGCAGCUGGCGGAUCAGCUGGCUCUCUCUGUGCAGCCCCAACCGCCGAUUUCCUAGGUCGCAAGUGGUCUGUUUUUUUAUGGGGGUUUGUGUUUGUUAUCGGUGGCGUGAUGCAAAUGAUUGCCAACUACAAAGUACUCAUUGCUGGUCGCUUCAUCGGUGGAAUGGGAGUUGGGGCCAGUUCGAUGCUAUCUCCACAGUUUCUUGCUGAGAAUUCACCAAAGUCGGUGAGAGGGUCGGCAACAGCCAUGUACAACCUCAUGAUUCUAGCGGGAUUGAUGGUCGCCUUCUGGAUCAAUUACGGUGUUUCUUUGUGGUCAUUUCCCGGUGUUGAGCGAGAUAACACCCAAUGGAGGACGGCAAUGGGGAUUCAGUUGAUUCCUGGGGUCUUGAUGUGUCUCAUGAUACCUUUUGUUCCUGAAACGCCUCGGUAUCUGAUCAAUCAUGCAAAGGAAGAGCAGGGGCUGAAGAAUCUCUGUCGGCUGAGGAAGCUCCCUGCUGAUCAUCCGUAUAUUCAGACGGAAUAUCAGGAAAUAGUUGCUCAGGUCAGGUUCGAGCAAGAAUGCCAUCAAGGACACAGCUACUGGGUCGUUCUUCAAGACAUCAUUUUCAUCAAGAGCAACGCACGGCGAUUUUUUCUUGCCGUUAUGUUAUUCCUUUUCCACAAGUUUACCGGCACUGAUUCCUUGAAUUACUACGCCCCAGAGAUAUUCGAGCUUAUCGGCGUAAACGGAACGUCGAACAGCCUCCUCACUACAGGCGUCUACGGAGUCGUCAAAUUCGUCGUUACAAUCUUCUACGUCACCUACCUAGUCGAUCGCGUCGGUCGGCGUCGACCACUUCUCGUCGGUGCUGUCCUCCAAGCAACCGCCAUGCUAUACCUUGCCCUCUACCUCCGCUUCGCCGGUACAAACACUAGCACCAUUGGUGGGACACCAGCGGGAGGCAUUGUUGGAAUAGUGUGGAUCUAUAUCUAUGCCUUCGGGUGGUCUUUUGGGCAUAGUGUGGCCUGCUACAUUGUGGCGGCAGAGAUAUUCCCGACCAGAAUCAGAUCCGUCUGUAUGGGCUUCUGUUUCUUCGUCAACUGGAUCGUCGACUACGGUAUCACUCGAGCCACACCCGACAUGAUCACGAAUAUGGGCUGGGGAGUGUUUCUUUUGUAUGCUAUGCUGACAUACUCCGGAGUGGUGUUCAUUUACUUCUGCCUUCCUGAAUUGAAAGGAAGGUCGAUUGAAAGUAUUGACGAUUUGUUCCAGAGACCGUUGUGGACCAUGUGGAGACAUGCAUAUCCCACGGAAGAGGAGAAAGUGCGGCAGGGGAUCCCGCAGCUAGCUAAGGGCCAAGCGAAUGAUGAUGGGGAUAAGCAAUCCGUGGAUCAUGUUGAGCGUGUCUAG